UUUUAGCCCCAUGUCUCUUAUUCCUAGCAGGAUCUCCUCCACUAGCAGGCUUUUUCAGAGAGAUUGGAAAGCUUAAUCGUAAAAGUAAACCUGGAAAAAGCACCGGAUUAAACCAUUUAUCCUUCUUAUUCUAGUUUUGAAAGAUUCCUUCAUCUUGCUCUGGCUAACCACUUUGUGCUUGUUUUGCUGAGUUCGAUGUAAAUUUUGAAUGGUGAAGGGCCCUAUUUUUUAUUUGCAUUUUCACAGGGAUUUCUCUAGCUACUGUAUCGGGCUGAUGUUGUCACUCAUUAGAUGGCCAUGGAGAGCAUGCUAUUUUGUUAACACGUGUCCAUGUUGAUUUAUUGCUGGAUAAUUUCGGAACUUAACCUGACAGGUUUUGUCGUGGGCUACCCUUUCGACAGACAAAAAAGUUCCCCAGGAGCUGUACAAGUGAAGCUUUUCAUCGAUGAUCUUUGUAAAACCGGGAAAUUUGAAGAGUUAAAGUAUACCUUUUGGGACGAGUGCUUUACAUCGAAGAAUGUCGAUUUCCUCUUGAAACCUUUGAACUUGCAUCCAGUGCUGUCGAAGACAAUAAUUGACAAAUUUGCUGCUGUAGGAAUACUCCAGGUAUGAAGAACCUUCCAAUAUGAGACGUUUAUUUCACCAUUUGUUCUGCAAAUUUUGUUUU